CUGUAGUCGUGCAGCAGUUGUUGACACUCAAAGUGGAGAGAUUUCUGAGCGAUUUUUACUAUACAGUAGUUUAGUUUCUUUAAGUUUUGAAUCGUGCCGACAUGUUUCUUUAGCGGUCACGUUUUCUAACAAAACAAGACACUGGCGGACAGUAACGUGGUCAGACCUGGUGGUUUUGAAAGUGUAGCCAAAGGGCAGAGCCACCAUGCUGUGCUGGGGGAAUGCCUCCUACGGACAGCUAGGCUUGGGUGGGAUUGAUGAUGAGAUUGUGGUGGAGCCACGAAAAUGUGAGUUCUUUCACGGGAAGCAAGUGUGUGAUGUGGGGUGUGGCCGCAGACACACCGCUUUCCUGCUAGAGGAUGGGACGGUGUACACCUGUGGCUGCAAUGACCUGGGCCAGCUGGGACACGAGAAGUCCAGAAAGAAACCAGAGCAGGUCGUGGCCCUGGAUGCACAGAUCAUCGUGGCAGUGUCAUGCGGGGAGUCCCACACACUGGCUCUGAAUGAUAAAGGACAGGUCUUCUCAUGGGGUCUUGGUUCAGAUGGACAGCUGGGUUUGAACAACUUUGAGGAAUGUGUUCGUGUGCCUAGAAACAUCAAGAGUUUGUCAGAUGUUCAAAUUGCUCAGGUAGCCUGUGGGUACUGGCAUUCCCAUGCACUUUCAAGAGGAGGCCAAAUCUUCUCCUGGGGCCAGAAUCGCUACGGCCAGCUGGGGUUAGGAGCGAACGCGCAGAGCAUUUCCACACCCCAGCUCAUCCAGUCACUGCAGGGCAUUCCCUUUGCUCAGAUAUCAGCAGGCGGCGCUCACAGCUUCGCCCUCACUCUCUCAGGAGCGGUGUUCGGCUGGGGGCGCAACAAGUUCGGUCAGCUCGGUCUCAAUGACUGCAACGAUCGGUGUUACCCGUCUCUUUUGAAGUCUUUGAGAUCACAGAAAGUGAUUUACAUCUCCUGUGGAGAAGAUCACACAGCAGCACUUACCAAGGAGGGCGGCGUGUUUACUUUCGGAGCGGGGGGAUAUGGGCAGCUGGGACAUAACUGCACAAACCAUGAAAUCAACCCGAGGAAAGUGUUUGAGCUCAUGGGAAACGUGGUCACGCAGAUCGCAUGCGGAAGACAGCAUACGCUGGCUUUCACCCCUUCCUCUGGAAAGAUGGAUUCCAUCGGGCUCGGAGGUAACGGCCAGCUCGGUACGCGCUCCACCUGCAACAGAAAAAGCCCCGCGCUGGUCAAAGGGCCCUGGGUUGCCUCCAAUGCCUCAACAGAUGAAGUUGAUCCAGGCUCACAAUGUUUUGUCAAGAGAAUUUAUGCUGGAGGAGACCAGAGCUUUGCUCACUAUCGUACUACCAAUAACCUUGAGAAUGCAGAUGAUGUGACGAUACAGGAUCUCCAAAGAAAGAUUUGCACCUUGAAAGAGGAAAUCAUACAAAAGUGGCUGAACUACUCGCCUGGGAGACUCCCGCUCGAAGUGUCCAAUGAGAUUGACCUCGUGUUCUCUUCAGCAAGCUGCCUCAAUGGAUCUUUCUUGUCAACGAGUCAUCCAGAUCACUACAGUACCAGCAGCAAAUGUUCAGGGGUGGACAUGAACAUGGCUCGCCUGCUGUUCCACAGACUAAUUCAACAGGAUCACCCGGAGGUCACUCAGCAGAUUGCAGCCAGUCUGGAGAAGCACCUAAUCCCAAGGCUGAGCAGCUCUCCUCCAGACAUCGAAGCCCUGAGACUCUACCUCACUCUCCCAGAAUGCCCUCUGUUCAAAGACCGGAAUAACUACGUCACACUCACCAUCCCCUUCGCCAAAUCGGUCAUCAGCCUGAAAGAGGCUCCGCUGAAGGUGUUGGGAAACUGGUGGUCCACGUUUGAGCCGCCAGUCUUCCAGCGGUUGGUUGAGCUCUUUAAGGAAGUUGUGGUGUACCUGCUGCAAAUGAACAAGGUGGGCAUUCCCUCGGUGGAGCAGAGGAUCUUCACCUGCUUCCUGGACACAUCGCUGCGACUCCUGGAGCUCCUAAAUUCGGUGAACGAAAGAGGAGCACACAUCAUUCAGUACGACAAAUUCUACAUUCACGAGCUGGAUGACCUGAUUGACAUCAGAAACGACUACGUCACAUGGAUUCAGAGGCAGAUGUACCCGAUGGUGAGGCAGCUGCUGAACGUGCUUCUUUCAGACUUGAUUUUUUUAUUUGUUUUUGCUUUUUGGCGUCCACAGGGUCAUGACGGAGUGGUGACUCUGUGCAAGUAUCCCUUUGUGUUUGACGCCCCCGCAAAGACGACACUGCUUCAGACCGACGCCGUCAUACAGAUGCAGAUGGCGGUGGACCAGGCACAGAUGCAAAACUUGAGCUCCAUGUUCCUCCCAGCGGUGGAGUCUGUCAAUCCGUGCCUCAUCCUCAUCGUCAGGAGAGAAAAUAUAGUGGGAGACACCAUGGAAGUCCUGAGGAAGUCCAAAAAUGUCGACUACAAGAAGCCCCUCAAGGUGAUCUUUGUGGGAGAAGAGGCUGUUGAUGCAGGCGGCGUGAGAAAAGAGUUCUUCCUCCUGAUCAUGAAAGAACUGCUGGAUCCCAAAUACGGGAUGUUUCGCUACUAUGAGGAGUCGAGGCUCAUCUGGUUCUCAAGCAAGACUUUUGAGGACUUCGACUUGUUCAACCUCAUCGGGGUCAUCUGUGGGCUGGCCAUCUACAAUCUGACCAUCGUGGAGCUCAACUUCCCCGUGGCACUUUACAAGAAGCUUCUGAAGAAGAAGCCGACGCUCGAUGACCUGAAAGAGCUCCGACCAGACGUGGGAAGGAGUUUGCAGGAGUUACUGGACUACCCAGAAGAUGACCUUGAGGAAACCUUCUGCCUCAAUUUCACAAUCACAGAGGAGAACUACGGCGCCACAGAGGUUCUGGAACUUGUACCCAAUGGGGAAGAAAUCAAUGUCAAUAAGUCAAACAGGCAUGACUUCGUCAACGCCUACGUGGACUACGUCUUCAACACAUCGGUGGCGCCGCUGUUUGAGUGCUUCUAUGCAGGAUUCCACAAAGUGUGUGGUGGAAAGGUUUUAGAGCUGUUCCAACCAAAUGAACUGCAGGCCAUGGUCAUUGGCAACACCAACUACGACUGGACAGAGCUCGAAAAGAGUACCGAAUAUAAAGGAGAGUACUGGACGGAUCAUCCAACCAUCAGGCUCUUUUGGGAGGUGUUCCACGAACUUCCUUUAGACAAGAAGAAGCAGUUUCUCUUGUUCCUCACAGGAAGCGACCGUAUCCCCAUCCUGGGCAUGAAGAGCCUGAAGCUGGUGAUCCAGCCCACCGGUGGAGGGGAGCAUUACUUACCUGUCGCCCACACCUGCUUCAACCUGUUAGACCUGCCCAAGUACACGAGUCGAGAGACGCUCAGCGAGAAGCUUCUGCAGGCCAUAGAUCACAAUCAAGGCUUCAAUCUUGCCUAAUGAUGCACAGAAAUGCCAAGAAACCCCCCACUGGACUGUUGACUGCAACCACAUUCCCAAAUGUUUGAUUUUGAAGAUUUUCCAGUGUGAACUGUGUGGUGAGAAUUGAACAGUGGUUAUAAAUAUGCAGCCAGAGAACAACUGCUGAAGAGGAAUGUCUUGACUUUCAAAUGAAAAUUGACGGAUUUUUACAGCUUUUUCUUUACUAUCAUAUUUCAUGCAAGAUUAUAAAUCAAUCCACAUUUGAUUUUGCUCCUAUAGAUACGUAGACAUGUUUUAUUCAUGCUUGGAUAUGACAUGACGGAGCAAACUACCUGUAAACAGCACAGGGGGUUGCAUACAGUAACACACUCCUGUAAAAUGCAAUGACAUGCAGUAGCAUCUCUCUGAACAUAACAGAACUGCUUUUGUGUUAUGCUGAUUGACAACAAUGACAUAAUCUAAAUGAGGGGUAAAGAAAUAAACAGUUUAUGUAUGACACUCAACAAAAAUCCAUUUUUGGUAGUUUGUCCUUCAUGGCUACAGCCGUUAAUCACACUGGAUUUUACAGGAGUUGAAAUUGUUGCAGCUACAUCUUGUGCAUGAAUAUCUAGACAAUGUAAGCUUUUUUUCCAGUUGUGACUUCUGAGAGCUGUGUGAAUCGUUUGCUUUAGAUGCUGAGUGGAUUUUCUCGGCUGAAUGCCUUAAAUAAUCCACAAACCAACAAAGUGCAGUGACUUGAAUAAACUAGUUACUUUGGGGGUAAGGUAAGAAA